CAAACAGCUCGCUAACUGUUGAUUACCUUACGCUAGCGUUCCUCCAGGGGUUCUUCUGCGCCGAAAACACGACGCCGUUUCCGCGCCGUCCCGAUCAGAUCAGUUGUCGUGUAACUGCGCCAGCCGAUCGAUCACCAUGGAGUCCAAAAAGGAGAAAGAUAUGAGACAGCCGGACUUGAUCAUCCCCUAUCAAGAACCGGCUCCCAAAGGCGACAAUGCCGAGUUCUCCUCGACGCUCUCCUCGACCCUGCCUAUGGCCGCUAUAUUCCUGCGGAACCGCUACGUUGGGUGGGCGGCCGUUGUCUUCAGCAUACAGAGCUGGCUAGGCGAGAGCGAGGAAACCAGGAAGAGCCCAAGCGCGCCGGGUUACUUCUCCGUCGGGAUGUCCCUAAUGUCCCUCAUUGUCACGUACCUGCCCAUCUUCCUCCCGCCACAGCCUGGCCUGCAACAAGGAAGCGCGACCGGCGCCGCCGCCCCGGCCGCGUCAUAACCCAACGGCGAGUAUGCGCAGCAGCGAUCGAAAGCCACAAGCAACGGCCGACAACUCCGUACCAAACUGAAUACUUGCAUGGCCACGUAAUAAGGAGUUUCAUACUCAGACGGUGGGGGGGAAGGAGUUUGUGCCGUGAUGAGCUGUACGAUUAUACCCAACACACGUAAUUCGAGUGCUUGUCUCGUUGCCCUCGUCUUUUCGGCUGCGUGUCAUAAGAGAUAAGAGACCAGCAUACCGGCAGCAGUCCAAGCCAGUAUUGGCGAAUUUCCAGUUCCGG